UCGCGAUUCCUUGGCAUGUAAACAAAGUUCAAAACACGGGAUUGCACGCGCGAGAUCGGAAACGUGAUCAAGCGUAAUCGUGGAUCGCACGUUUCCUGGUCUCUCACAGGGUUAUCCGGGACGUGCUGGCCAUGAGUUCCAACGGGAUAAAGUUGCUAGAAAAAACCGACCCGUAUCCCCAGGGAGUGCGAUGUCAGAAGUGCCUGGAAAUGGGACACUGGAGUUACGAGUGCAAAGGCAAGAGGAAGUACCUGCACAGAUCCUCUCGUACUUCGCAACUGAAAAAGGCACUACUGCAACAGAAUAAUGAUAAUCAGGAACAAAAUAAAAAAGCAAAGAUGAGUCAUGUCAGAAAGAAAAUGAGGAAGGAAGAAUCCAGUAGUUCAAGCGACUCAAGUACCUCCAGCAGCGAGAGUACCAGUAGUAGUGAAAGUAGUAGCAGCAGUUCUUCAUCGGACAGCGAAUCAGACUCCAGCGAUAGUGUGUCUAGUAGCAGUAGUAGCAAUAGCAGUAGUAGCAGCAGUUAAGGUUCCUAUAAAAAGAAAUAAUACAAACCAUUGAAUGAAGAAGAAAUCAAAAGAAAUUUUUUUUUCUUCGGUCAUUUAAUCUUGCCUUUUUAAAAUAUUAUCUUACACAUUGUCUGGGCACUUAAAUCCAUUUUUGCUUUCAAGUGGAUUGACUUAAGCAAGGAAAAUACAAACUGAAGCAAAAUAAAAUACUAGUGAGAGAUCCUUUAUAUAUCUUUUAUGAGAUAUAUGUACAACAGAUACAUAUUUUUUCUUGAAUGUAGAUAUAAAACAUACUUGUUGGAACUUGUAAUAGCUGCUACUUUUUAAUUUUAUAAUUUUAUUAUGUUAAGAUUAUUUGUGUUAUAUUUCUACUAUUUAGCUUCUAUAUGACAUGUAUGUAAUAUGUAGUAGAUUCAUGAUCGAUAUUAGAUGCAAUAUUUCACUCAA